AUGCGUGCGACGAUCGCGCGGCGGCUGUCGCAGUCGAAGAACGUGGAUAUCCCGCACUAUUACCUCUUUGAGGAGUGCUGCGCUGACAAUAUGAUGGCGCUCGUUCGUCAGCUCAACGUCAAGGGGGAUGGCAAGUUCAAAAUCACCAUGAAUGACUACAUCAUUAAGGCGGUGGCGCGGGCGAACAUGCUGGUGCCGGAGGCGAAUUCGUCCUGGCAGGGAAGCGUGAUCCGCCAGUACAACACAGUGGACGUGAGUGUGGCAGUGGCAACCCCGACAGGCCUUAUCACGCCCAUCAUUAAAAAUGCCCACGCGCGGGGGCUAGCCGACAUCUCCAUAGAAAUGAAGGCUUUGGCAAAGAAGGCGCGUGAAGGCACGCUGCAGCCACAUGAAUUUAUUGGCGGUACCGUGUCCGUCUCCAACCUGGGCGCCUCCGGUAUACCCGGCUUUACAGCCAUCAUCAACCCUCCGCAGUCCCUCAUCCUUGCCAUCGGCUCCGCAAAGCCGCGGCCUAAGAUCACGCUGAACGAGGAAACCGGAAAGUACCAGGUAGGCAGCGAGGUGGAGAUGGUCGUCAAGUUUACGGCGUCCUUCGACCACCGCGUUGUCGACGGCGCGGUGGGCGCGCAGUGGUGUACGCAUUUCAAGGACGCCUUUGAGAACCCGCUGUCGCUUCUGCUCUAA